AUCAAUCACCAGAGCACAUCGAUCAUGUUUAUCAUCUAUAUAUUUCUCUUUCUCUCCUCAGCCAUUAUAGAAAAGUAAAGUUCUCAAUAAAAUUAAUAAAGAUAUGAAGAUUAUAUAAUACAAUUCAAUUUUAUGUAUAAAGAUUCAAAUGGGUUUGCAAUUGCCCAAAAGCUGGAGGCUAAGGGUGGGAAAGGGGGCAAGGAAUGGGAUGAUGGAGCCGACCAUGAAAAUGUAGCAAAAGUUUUUAUCCGAGGUGGUCUUGAAGGCAUACAAUACAUCAAAUUUGAUUAUGUCAAAGAUGGACAAUCUAUAGAGGGACUAAUCCAUGGUGUCUUGGGUAGUGGUUUCACACAUAUGUUCGAGAUUGAUUAUCUAAACAGUGAACAUAUUGUAUCUGUUGAUGGUUACUACGACAAAUCUGGUGUGAUGCAAGCACUUGAAUUCAAAACCAACCGGAAGACCUCUGAAGUGAUUGGAUAUCCAAAGGGUAAUACAAAGUUUUCACUUGGUGGGGUCAACGGGAAGAUGAUCGCCGGCUUCCAUGGAUCCGCAGGGAAAGCUCUAAAUUCCAUUGGAGCAUAUUUAACAAAAGUUCCUCCUACUAAGUCAGAACUCGUAGGUGGUUGGGGCGGCGAAUACUGGGAUGAUGGUCCUAAUUAUGACGGCGUAAGAAAGGUGUAUAUUACUUACAUUAGCACUUGUAUAAGGAGUAUCAACAUCGACUACGAAAAAGACGGACAAGUUGUGACAAGUUCCCACGGGAACAAGGAGGGAGAGACAGAGGAGUUUGCGAUAGACUAUCCAAAUGAAUCUUUGAUAUCAGUGGAGGGUACGUACGACUCAAUCCUAUUCCCCGAUCAUUACGUUUUGGUCAUUACGUCAUUGAGUUUCAAAACAUCAAAAGGGAGAAUAUCACCCACAUAUGGGGUUGUGUCGGGUACCAAAUUUGUGCUGGAGAGCCAAGGUAAUGCGAUUGUCGGAUUCCAUGGGAGAAAUGGUGGUGCUCUCGACGCUCUUGGGGUUUAUUUCUCUCCGAUGUGAAUCCUUCGUAAUUUGAAACUAUAAAGGCUACAAAAACGU